UACUAUAAUAACACCACCCCUUUUCGUGAUAUACUUGCUUCCACCUCCAACCCCUUACCAACAUUUAUUCUCCCACUGAUCAGAAGAAGCAUCGGAAAUUCUAUGGAGAAAACCGAUGACAACAAUGAUUAUUAUGAUUGGGAUAAAGAAGUGGAGGAGUUCGAGAAAUCCAAAGGCGGCGUGAAGGGCCUCGUUGACUCAGGCAUCAGCCGAAUCCCGAGGUUCUUCAUCAGCCCGCCCGAGCCUGACGAUGCGAAUCCCGGGCCCCAUGCCCAUCCGGACGGCCUGAUCCCGAUCAUAGAUUUGGAGGGCGUCCGGGGAGGGCUUGAUCAUAAAGCAGUUGGUGAAAUUCGAACUGCGUCACGGAAGUGGGGAUUCUUCCAGGUGGUCAACCAUGGAAUCCCCACUUCCGUGACGGACGCCAUGCUCCGCGGGACGCGGGCCCUGCACGAGCAACCGAAGGAGGCAAAGCAAGAGCUUUACACCUCGGACGGCGCGCCGGACGUGAGGUUCUACGCGAUAAACGGGCGGCUCGAGGAGGGCGACGCGGCGAGCUGGAGGGACGCGUUCGCUUGCAAGUUCACAGACGGCGUGAUCGACCCAGAGAUCAUCCCGCCAGUUUGCAGGGAUGAGAUAAUGAAGUACAUGAAUCACAUGAUCAAAGUGAGGGAUGUGUUGUCGGAGGUGUUGUCGGAAGCGUUGGGGGCGAGCAAGGAUUUGUUGGGGGAGAUGCAAUGCAUGGAGAGCGAGUAUCUCACGUGCCUCUAUUAUCCGGCCUCGCCCGAGCCGGAUAAGAGUUUGGGCACGGUCGCACACUCUGAUCCAACAGUGCUCACGGUUUUACUGCAGGACGACACUGGCGGCCUGCAGAUAAAACAUGAUGGAUAUUGGAUCGAUGUGCCGCCCGUGCCAGGGGCUCUCAUAGUUAACAUUGGUGAUUUUCUUCAGCUGAUGAGUAAUGACAAAUUCAUGAGCGUGGAGCAUAGAGUGUUGAGUAGAUCAAAAGGGAGCCGAGUUUCUGUUGCAUGCUUCUUCUUUCCACGUGGUCAAGAAAUGGCUAACAUUUAUGCACCUAUUAAACAAGUCAUCUCUCCAAAUAAUCCUCCUAUCUAUAAACAAGUUAGUUAUAUAGAUUUUGUCACACACUACCAAAAGAGAAACUUACGAGGUGGCCAUUCUGCCCUUGCAAAUUACAAACUCGACAAUAUUAAUUGAUUAAGGUAUGUUUAAAUUCAUUGAUUCGUUGGUUUGUAAUGAUUAAUUUGUGAAAAAAUUGUAUAUCCUUUUCUUCUUUCUUCAUUAUUUGUUCAUUUUAGUUUGUUGUUUGUUCGGAUUGAAAGAAGCGGUUGAUUUAUGAUUAAGGGUUGGUUUGCCUUA